UAAAGACCAAAAAAACAGUCGCACUGAAUAAACUUCUAUUGGGAGACAGCGUUCUUGCAUUGUAGUAUUGUACAAUACUACAUUAUAGUAUAGCAGUAUUGUUAUAGUAUAUUGUAUUAGGCAAUUGUUAUUAUUUGUGUUCAACGUGCCUGUUCCUAGGGGAUUUGACCACCGAAAAAGGCUACAAUAAAAUAGGUAAUUUAAGCAUGUAACCUAUUUAACAUAUUAUGUGUCCUUUGAUGCCAAUUUGAAAUAUUGUUCAUGCCAUUUCAUUUCGCUCGCUCCCGACGCUGAACUCCAGCCCUGCACGUUCCUGCAAAGUGGUAUGCUCCAAUGUGAACGUAUUGAGCGUGCUGCUGAUGCGAUGCCGCCCCAACUGCUUCCAUACAUUUUCCUCUGAACCCAGCAAACACUGACUUUGAGAUGUAUCAUUGGACUGAAGCAAUAUCCCAUAGGCUAUACAUUGAUACAAUAUAGAAUUCCAUUAUAUAGGGUUCUCGUAUUUAAAGCAAGAACAGAAUAGACGACGCUACAACCCGACGCAUAUUCGCUAUCAGACAGGUUAACCAUUGAAAAGGCGAGCUUUCGAUCGUAUUUGAAAGAAGCGGGGUUCGAACUGAAAGAUGCUGAGCGAUUCCAUGAUGUCCAUUUUGGGUGAGAUGCAGGCAGAUGUCCAGGGUUGGCAGCGCGGAUGAAGCUUCUCACGGACCUAUUUGUAGGAUGCUGAGACUUGGCGAUGGUGGAUCCUUGUGGAUGGGAUCUUAGCCUUCCCUGCCCCUUUCCUCCCUGGCCCCUCUCUUGAGAGAGAGCCAUCUACCCUCUCUCUGCCCCCUCGCCCCCCGCCCCGUCGCCAUGACGUCCACGUUGCAGACGCUGGCCUUGAAACUGGCCCCGCCCCCUCAGGACCUGAGCCCCGAGCGAUUGGACGGGUGCGAGGACACGGGCCGGCGCUACAAGGUGGUCCCCUCCGUGGUCUGCUCCAUGUGUUGUCUCUUCGGCAUCAUCUACUGUUUCUUCGGCUACCGCUGCUUCAAGGCGGUGAUGUUCCUGACGGGCCUGAUGUUUGGCUCCGUGGUCAUCUUCAUGCUGUGCUACAAGGAGCGCGUGCUGGACACGCAGCUGAGCGCCGAGGCCAGCGUGGGCAUCGGCCUGGGCAUCGGCACGCUGUGCGGCCUGGUCACCAUGCUGGUGCGCAGUGUGGGCCUCUUCAUGGUGGGCCUGCUGCUGGGCCUGCUGGUGGCCCUGGCCACCCUGGUGGGCAUGGAGGAGCUGUCCGACAGCCCGCCGCGCUCCGUCUGGGUGCCCCUGGGCGUGCUGCUGGGCCUGGGCAUGCUGUUCGCCGUGCUCACCCUGCAGUGGCAGCGCCUGUUCACCACGCUGUCCACGGCCGUGUUCGGCGCCGCCGUCAUCACCGUGGCGCUGGACUACUUUGUGGAGCUGUUCGCCCUGGUGCUGUACGUGUACGAGCGGGUCAAGGCGGCGCCGCCGCGGCCCGUGUGCUGGGUCACCUGGGUGGUCCUGGGGGUGUGGCCCGCACUCGCCCUGCUGGGGGUGCUCAUCCAGUGGAAGGUGACGGCCGAGGGGUACUCCCACACGAAGGUGAUCAUCAGCCGGCAGCAGAGGCGGGUGCAGCUGAUGCGCAUCCGUCAGAAGGAGGAGCGGAGGGACUACAGCCGCAAGAAGAAGAAGAAGCAGCCCAACGCGCACCACGCCAGCCAGGCCAAGCCGCUCCACCCCGAGCCCGCCUACCGCCGCAAGCCCAACCCCAUACGCCGCUUCGACGGGGACGUCCUCUCUCCCAGCUACAUCCAGAGUUUCCGGGAGAGGCAGGUUGAGGCCCGGCCGUACCCCCCCCAGGGCAGGCUGGGUGGCGGGCCUCACACCAUGGUAGACGUGGACUAUGACUGCGGUUCCACAACACCCCUUACUGCAGCGGCAGGGCCCUCACUAAGGCUGUAACCACGACCCCCAGACUCGAUCGAACCUCUCUCCCCCUCGCGGGCUCGAACCACACGCCCAGUUGCCUCGAGAAGGGGGCCACUCCGAGACCACUCCCGCCCCCCCAUCCCCAUGCUACAAAUGCUAGAGCAAUCAGUGUGAUGCAAGAACGGCAAGACGAACACACCCCUGUUUUCUGCCUUGUCGCCCGCACGGAAACACACUCGCAGACACGCACGCACUCGCAACACUUUCACAAGCACCGCGGCCGCACUUUCACUUUCCUGAGCUAUCCCCCUUUCCCCCACCCCCUCCCCCCUUCAGGAACUGCCGUCCCCGGCGUUCAGGGGACACGGCUGGCACCGUGACAGGGACGAUCAGGGACCCCGGAGAGGUUCAGCUCGGCUCAGGUUUCAACAGAGUCUUUGUGUCACCACAGCGGGACAAGGAAAUCGCAUCUCCUCGUCGUUUGAACUCACCGCGUGUCUCUCGUCUCUGCUGCAGUCGCU